CACGCACGCGUGCUCUCGCGCAAACGGAGGCGCGCACGUGACGCGCGCUCGCGCUCUCUAGUCAGCGGGAACGCGCCCGCGUCCCAGUCAGAACCGACCCGAGUCUCGAGCGGAACAGUGACGAACAGAAACGUUGCUGCUGACAUGGGGACGCCAGGAUCAGGACGAAAACGGGCCCCAAUUAAAGACCGUUUCUCAGCCGAGGAUGAGGCGCUGAGCAGCAUCGCCAGAGAGGCAGAGGCCAGACUUGCUGCGAAGAGAGCAGCUCGUGCUGAAGCUCGGGACAUCCGGAUGAGAGAAUUGGAGCGGCAACAGAAAGAGCUGUCUUACCAUCAGCACUCCUCCUCUAGCAGGAAAUGGGGGCAAAUCCACCAAUGGAUGGCUGAUGCAGAAAAGGCCCGUCAUGGUCAUCAUUCCAGUAGCCACAGUCGACGGGGAUUAAAUGAUGAUACAGCGUCGGUCCGAAGUGUCGGAAGUUACAGGUCAAGUUCAGCAUCUUUACGAGACUUGAGCAGUUCUGAUCGCUCCAGUCGGGCUAGUUCUUCCCGGAGAAGAGACUUGGUGUCUGGUAUCUCCGGUAGUUCCUCUUUGAAGAACUCCCACUCCACUAGUUCUGUAUAUAAUGAUCUUCACAAAAAACCUGUUGGCAGUAGUUCCAAAAAGGACCUUCUGACUGGAUUGUAUCAUGACCAAAGAAACUACACCAGCUUAAAGAACUCCAAACCUUCUCCCUCUACUGUCUCUACCUAUACACCACGGGCUCCGUCCAGCAGCAGUUCUACAGGUCUGACACGCAGCUAUAGUGUGGCCUCCAUAUGUGAUGACGGUCUGUAUGGUUCAUAUAGUUCCAGAGCUCCCUCUGAAUGCAGCUGGUAUUCUUCUGGUGCCAGUUCCACCCGCAGUAGCCCUGUGUCAUCCUCUGAUGACGAUUCUGGCAGCACUGUAUCUCGAGGUCGACGUGGGAGAAGGGAUAGUGUGUUGUCUGAUUUCUCUGAUAUCUCUGAGACGGCUGCUGAUUAUUUCAGCCGCUCUAAUCGCAGAGGCAGUAUUGUCUCUGAUCUUGAUGAUCUGAGCAUCCCAGACCUGGACAGUCUUGAUGAGAAAUGUGACAAGCAGUUUACAGACCCCUACAGCCGGCCAUCCUCUCGAUGUACCACCCCGGCGCUCUCUGCAGCUGCCCUGGCAUCUCUGGGAGGCAGCAGUUCUAGAAGGGGCAGCGGAGAUGCUGGAAGCAUCGUUAUGGAUGCAGAGGCUUCUAUCAGCGAGUUAAGGGACAUCUAUGAUCUAAAGGACCAGAUUCAGGAUGUAGAGGGCCGAUACAUGCAGGGUCUUAAAGAGUUGAAGGUAGAGGGUCCUGAGCUCAACGCAUGCCUUCCCUCAUUCUCCACUAACACACCAGGCUCUGAGCACUCCUAUUUGUCACUCAAACAUUGUGUGUCCCGAAGAGAAGUGACAACUGCACUGCAGUGUAAACACGGGCUGGUCAUCAUACCAGAGGAUACGCCCAACGGAGACGUCAGCCACGAGUCCCCUACCUCAGGCAUCACCGUGGUCACACAAGAGGCAGCGCAGGUGCUGGAGUCAGCAGGAGACGGACCUUUGGAUGUAAGACUACGAAAGCUUGCAGAUGAAAAGGAUGAACUUUUGUCCCAGAUCAGAAAACUGAAGAUGCAGCUGGAGGAAGAAAGACAAAAGCACUCAAAGAUCGACAGUGUCUACACAGAAGGAGAGCGAAUGGAGAACGGCACUGACCUGCAUUUCAUCGAGAUGCAGAGGGACGUCAACAGACAGAUAAGCGAAUACAAAUUCAAGCUCUCAAAGGCUGAACAGGAAAUGGCUACGAUGGAACAAAAUGUAAACAGACUUGAAGGACAGGUGUCCAGAUAUAAAUCUUCAGCAGAUAAUGCAGAAAAGAUAGAAGAUGAACUGAAAGCAGAGAAAAGAAAACUUCAGAGGGAGCUGCGUACAGCCCUGGACAAGAUCGAAGAAAUGGAAAUGACCAAUAACCAUCUCAUAAAGCGGCUGGAGAAGAUGAAAGCAAACAGAAACGCUCUCCUGUCCCAGCAGUGAAGAGAGACUCUCCGACACCAAAACAAAUCCGCUGGCCCUUUAACUUGUUUCCUUGCCUCUCGUGGUAAAAUACAGAUUUACACCCUACUAGGGCAACGCUGUGAGGGAGGAAGCCUCUGAACCUGAGAAUAUUGUACUUCUGUUGGUUUUGUUGUUUUUAAAAGCUUGGUACAUCACGGUAGCUCGGACUGGGUGCUUUUCCCCCCUCCUCUUUUGUAAGUUGCACGAGUAUAAAAGCGCUUUUUAAACUAUAAAUCGACAUGACUGCAGGGCCCUCGACGUCCAUGUAAAUGCUUACACAGCAAUGUGCCUUCACGGAGGACGAGGGUUAUAUGCAUUAUAACACUAUACAGGAAAAGCAUAUAUUUCUACCGGUACAAAAAACAUUAAUGUGUUUAAAUAAAGGGUAUGGUCAUGAGUUGAACAGUAUAGAGAAUCAAUCAUGUCUGCUAUGGUUUCAAUUUAAGUGUUUUUGUUUAGUUUUUCCAAUAUUUAAAAUAUUUCUUGAAAAUAAAUGUGUAAAUGAAUGCAGUAUGAAUGGGCGGGUGAUUCCUGAAUUGUGAUUGUUUGCAGGGCACAUUGAAUUUUGUUAGUAUUUUUUAGUUUUUGUUUUUUUGAAGUGCUUCGUCACAAUGGACUACAUCAAUUUUACACUAAAUUGUGAUUUUAACUCGCAGUAAGAGACCGAUGUUUCUACUGUGACUUUGAGAUUUCAAGUCCCAAAUGCCACUUGAUGCCUUUCACAGCACUGUUGUAUUCAGGUUUGGUGCGACAUGUUAAUCACACUAGAAACCAAUUGUCUUGACACUUCAUGCCACAGUGAUUGUGACUAAAGCAGCUGCAAAGUAUACUGUAAAUAAACUACACGAUUUAC